AUGUUAAGGAGGAUUCUGCAGAGGACUCCUGGGCGAGUUGGCUCUCAAGGUUCUGAUUUAGAUUCAUCAGCAGCUCCUAUAAACACAGUGGAUGUCAAUAAUGAAAGCUCUUCAGAGGGUUUCAUAUGUCCGCAGUGUAUGAAAUCUCUUGGAUCUGCUGAUGAACUUUUCAAACACUAUGAGGCAGUCCAUGAUGCUGGUAAUGAUUCAAGUCAUGGAGGAGAAGCUUUGGCUCUGAAGCGAGAUGAUAUAACACUACUCAGACAAGAGGUCCAAGACCUGCAGGCUUCACUUAAGGAAGAAAAAUGGUACUCAGAAGAAUUAAAGAAAGAAUUAGAAAAAUUUCAAGGGCUGCAGCAGCAAGAGUCCAAAUCUGAUGGAUUACUGGCUGAUUCAUCAGCAGAACUACAGUCUUUGGAACAACAAUUAGAAGAAGCCCAAACAGAAAAUUUUAAUAUUAAACAAAUGAAAGAUUUGUUUGAACAGAAAGCAGCCCAACUUGCCACUGAAAUUGCAGAUGUAAAGUCAAAAUAUGAUGAAGAAAGGAGUCUUAGAGAAGCUGCCGAACAGCAAGUGACACAUCUAACAGAAGAAUUAAACAAAGAAGCAGCUAUGAUUCAAGAUCUAAAGACUGAACUGCUUCAGAGACCUGGAAUAGAGGAUGUUGCUGUGUUAAAGAAAGAACUGGUCCAAGUUCAAACACUAAUGGAUAACAUGACCUUGGAACGUGAGAGAGAAUCUGAAAAACUCAAAGACGAGUGCAAAAAGUUACAAACAGAAUGUACUAACUCAGAGGCCAUAAUAAGCCAGCUGAGGAGUGAACUUGCCAAAGGCCCCCAGGAAGUUGCUGUGUAUGUGCAGGAACUACAAAAACUUAAAAGUUCAGUUAAUGAAUUAACACAAAAAAAUCAGAACUUGACUGAAAAGUUGCAGAAGAAAGAACUGGACUAUACUCAGUUAGAAGAGAAACAUAAUGAAGAAUGUAUGAGUAAAAAGAAUAUACAAGCAAGCUUUCAUCAAAAAGACCUGGAUUGUCAACAGCUUCAGGCAAGGUUAUCUGCAUCUGAAACCUCACUGCAGAGAAUACAGGCAGAACUAGGUGAAAAGGGAGAAGCUACUCAGAAGCUCAAAGAAGAAUUGUCAGAAGUGGAGACUAAGUACCAGCAUCUUAAGGCAGAGUUUAAACAGCUACAACAACAGAGAGAAGAAAAGGAUCAGCAUGUGUUACAACUGCAAAGUGAAAUUAAUCAAUUACAUAGCAAACUUCUGGAGACAGAGCGCCAACUAGGAGAAGCUCAUGGUAGACUGAAGGAACAGAGACAGCUUUCAAGUGAAAAGUUGAUGGAUAAAGAACAACAAGUGGCUGAUCUACAACUCAAACUUUCUCGUUUAGAAGAAGAGUUGAAGGAAAAAGUAACCAGUUCCACAGAAUUGCAGCAUCAGUUAGAUAAAACAAAGCAACAGCAUCAAGAACAGCAAGCUCUGCAACAAAACACUACGGCAAAACUUCGAGAAGCUCAGAAUGAUUUGGAACAAGUACUACGUCAAAUUGGUGAUAAGGACCAAAAGAUCCAGAACCUUGAAGCCUUAUUACAGAAGAGCAAAGAAAAUAUUUCUUUACUAGAAAAGGAGAGAGAAGAUCUUUAUGCAAAAAUUCAGGCUGGUGAGGGAGAGACUGCUGUUCUUAACCAAUUACAAGAAAAAAACCAUACAUUACAAGAACAAGUAACUCACCUAACAGAGAAGCUGAAGAAUCAGUCAGAAAGCCAUAAACAAGCCCAGGAGAAUUUGCAUGACCAGGUGCAGGAGCAGAAGGCACAUCUUAGAGCUGCACAAGACCGUGUCCUUUCCCUGGAAGCCAGCAUCAGUGAAUUAAAUAGUCAGUUAAAUGAAAGCAAGGAGAAGGUUUCCCAGCUUGAUAUACAGGUUAAAGCCAAAACUGAAUUAUUACUAUCAGCAGAAGCAGCAAAAACUGCUCAAAGAGCAGAUCUUCAGAAUCAUCUGGACACAGCCCAAAAUGCAUUACAAGAUAAACAGCAGGAGUUAAAUAAGAUCACUACUCAGUUGGAUCAGGUCACUACAAAGUUGCAGGACAAGCAAGAACACUGCAGUCAGCUGGAAAGUCAUCUUAAAGAAUAUAAAGAGAAACAUCUGUCUUUAGAACAGAAAACUGAAGAAUUAGAAGGUCAAAUCAAGAAACUAGCAGCUGAUCUGCUUGACGUUAGAGCCAGCAAGGAGCAAGCCCUGCAGGAUCUGCAGCAACAGAGGCGGACGAGCGCGGAUUUAGAGCUUCGAGCCACAGAACUGAGCAAACAACUCGAAAGGGAGAAAGAAAUAGUAUCUAAUACAAAGUUGGAUCUACAGAAGAAAUCUGAAGUGCUUGAAAAUACUAAGCAAAUGCUUAUCAAGCAAGAAGAAGAAAAAACAAUCCUUAAACAAGAAAUUGAAAAUCUAAGUCAAGAUGCAAAGAUGCAGCAAAAGGAACUGAAUGACAAGAUUCAAACAGCAGUAACAGAACUACAAAAAGUGAAGAUGGAGAAAGAAUCUCUAGUAGCAGAGCUUUCUGCGGCAAAAGAGAAAUUAUCAAAAGUUUCUGAUUCUUUGAAGAACUCCAAAAGUGAAUUUGAAAAAGAAAAUCAGAAGGGAAAAGCUGUUAUAUUAGAUUUGGAGAACACUUGCAAAGAAUUAAAGCAUCAGCUUCAAGUACAGACAGAAAGCCUACAUAAGGAACAGAAUGAAAUGAAAAAGUCACUUGAAAAAGAAAAGGAGACUUCUCAUCAGUUGAAGUUGGAGCUCAGUUCAAUGCAGGGACAAGUCAUACAGGCCCAGAAUAGUUUAAAACAAAAGGAAAAAGAAGAACAGCAGCUUCAGAGUAACAUAAAUGAGCUAAAGCAAUUGACUGAGCAGAAGAAAAAGCAAAUUGAAACACUCCAAGGAGAAGUUAAAAUUGCUGUUUCACAGAAGACAGAACUUGAGAAUAAACUACAGCAGCAGUCAAUGCAAGCAGCACAGGAACUUGGAGCAGAGAAACAAAAAAUAUCAGUGUUACAAAACACCUAUGAAAAAAGUCAGGAAAAUCUAAAACAGCUUCAGUCUGAUUUCUAUGGGAAGGAAUCUGAACUACUUGCCACAAGGCAGGAUCUUAAGUCUGUAGAAGAGAAGCUUUCUCUAGCACAGGAGGAUUUGAUAUCAAACAGAAAUCAAAUUGGAAACCAAAAUAAAUUGAUUCAAGAACUGAAGACCACCAAGACUACUUUAGAGCAAGAUUUAGCAAAGAAAGAACAGCAAUUGAAGGAACAGAAUAAAGCACUACAAGAUAUGCAAAAAGAAAAGUCACUAAAAGAAAAAGAACUAGUAAAUGAAAAAUCUAAAUUGGCAGAGACAGAGGAAAUUAAGUGUAGACAAGAAAAAGAAAUUGCUAAAUUGAGUGAAGAACUCAAGUCUCACAAGCAGGAAAGCAUAAAGGAAAUAACAAAUCUCAAGGAUGCCAAACAGCUUUUGAUUCAGCAGAAAUUAGAGCUUCAAGGGAAAGUAGAUUCCCUGAAGGCAACCCUUGAAGAGGAGAAGAAAACCCAGCAAAUGCUAAAAGAGCAGAUGAAAAAGGAAGAAGAUGAGCUGAAGAAAGAGUUUAUGGAAAAGGAAGUUAAACUGCAUUCCGAAAUAAAAGAAAAAGAAGUAGGAAUGAAGAAGCAUGAAGAAAAUGGGGCUAAACUUGCCAUGCAGAUUACAGCAUUAAAUGAAAACUUGGGCACCAUGAAGAAAGAGUGGCAGUCCAGUCAACGGAGAGUCAGUGAACUUGAGAAACAGACGGAUGACUUACGGGGUGAAAUUGCAGUACUGGAAGCGACAGUUCAGAAUAACCAAGAUGAAAGGAGGGCAUUACUGGAAAGGUGUCUUAAGGGAGAAGGUGAAAUAGAAAAGCUUCAAACCAAAGCACUGGAAUUGCAAAGAAAGCUGGACACCACCACUGCGGCGGUGCAGGAGCUAGGCAGAGAGAACCAGUCCCUUCAGAUCAAACAUACACAGGCGUUGACUAGAAAGUGGGCUGAAGACAAUGAAGUACAAAACUGUAUGGCCUGUGGGAAAGGCUUUUCCGUAACAGUGAGACGGCAUCACUGCAGACAUUGUGGAAAUAUCUUCUGUGCUGAGUGUUCAACCAAAAAUGCCUUAACUCCUUCUUCCAAGAAGCCUGUUCGUGUCUGUGAUGCAUGUUUCAAUGACCUACAAGGAUAA